AUGGCAAUCCUAUAUGAUCAGCCAAUCACAUUUAAGGUUGCUGAUCAUAAUUUAGAUUUAAUAGUGGAAAUUAGAACAGGAAUCUUCUUCAACUCAGUUGAAACAUUGAGUAGUGAAGAUUAG